GCAGGGGCUCGGUCGCUGUCUGUAGUGGAUGCCGUGCUCCGGCUCCCUCGGCUGCGGUGGGGCUCCGUGCUGUGAUCCGGCUGAGGAAUUAAAGGGAUUUAAAUUAUUUUUCGAGGUGGAAAAGCCGCUGCGCCGUCUGCACCCGCUUAGUAACGUAAGCCGUAAUGCUACAGCAGGGAGCGGGCCCCGCUGUGUUUCAGGGUUGAAUUUUCCUAUCCUCCCCUAAUGCCCGGAGAAGGACAUGACAGUCACAGUUUACCAGAAGAAUGGAAAUACUUGCCGUUUCUUGCGUUACCAGAUGGUGCUCACAACUAUCAAGAAGAUACAGUGUUUUUCCACUUGCCACCAAGAUGUGGGGAUCGAACCACAGUAUAUGGUGUCUCUUGCUAUAGGCAGAUUGAAGCCAAGGCAUUAAAAGUACGGCAAGCAGACAUCACCCGAGAAACAGUACAGAAAAGUGUCUGUGUUCUCAGUCAGCUGCCUUUGUAUGGGUUACUUCAGGCAAAGCUGCAGCUCAUUACACAUGCAUAUUUUGAAGAAAAAGACUUCUCACAAAUUUCAAUUCUAAAGGAACUCUAUGAGCAUAUGAAUAGCUCUUUGGGAGGAACUUUGCUGGAAGGGUCACAAGUUUAUCUUGGUCUGUCUCCUCGGGAUCUUGUUCUUCACUUUAGACACAAGGUCUUGAUCCUUUUUAAAUUGAUUCUUCUAGAGAAAAAGGUGCUGUUUUACAUUUCUCCAGUAAAUAGAUUGGUGGGAGCCCUAAUGACUGUCCUGUCACUCUUUCCAGGUAUGAUUGAACAUGGUCUCACUGACUGUUCACAGUAUAGACCAAGAAAAAGUAUUUCAGAGGAUGCUGGCUUGCAGGAAAUCACUCCACGGUUAGAUGAUUAUGUUUCUGUGUCUGCUGCUGAUAUUUCAAAUACAAACUUGGGAAUGGGAAAGGGAGGCAGGAAGAUGGCAGGAGACCAUUCAUUGGAAGGUCAAAAAGCAAACGUGCCUUUUUCCCAGUCAAAGACUUGCAAUGGAGCUCAGUCCUCCAAUGGUACUGUACAGCGCUUGAAAGUUCCUUCCCGCCCUUCUCCAGAGUCUUCUGAAAGUGACUGGGAGACCUUAGAUCCUAGCAUUUUGGAGGAGUCUAAUUUGAAAGGAGCAAAAAGUGAAAAUAAAGCAUGUGAACAGGCUGGAAACCUACCGAAAGAAUGCAUCUGCUCAGAAAGCCUUCCAAUCACUGUGCAGCCCCAGGCAAAUACAGGACACGUGGUGCUUGUUCCAGGAUUGAUAUCUGGGUUGGAAGAGGACCAGUAUGGUAUGCCGUUGGCUAUUUUUACAAAGGGAUACCUUUGUUUGCCAUACAUGGCGCUGCAGCAACAUCAUCUCCUGUCAGAUGUAACAGUCCGUGGCUUUGUCGCUGGAGCUACCAACAUCUUGUUCCGUCAGCAGAAACAUCUGAGUGAUGCAAUUGUAGAAAUAGAAGAUGCUCAUGUACAAAUCCAUGAUCCAGAACUCCGUAAGAUCCUGAACCCUACGACUGCUGACCUAAGAUUUGCAGAUUACUUGGUGAAGCAUGUGACUGAAAACAGAGAUGAUGUUUUCCUUGAUGGCACUGGUUGGGAAGGAGGAGAUGAGUGGAUCAGGGCUCAGUUUACUGCUUAUCUUCAUGCACUACUUGCUGCUGUGCUACAACCAGACAAUGAAAAGACUUUGUCAGACUUUGGAACGGCAUUUGUAGCAGCCUGGAAAAAUACACACAACUACAGAGUAUGGAACAGCAACAAGCAUCCAGCUCUUGCAGAGGUAAAUUCUAGCCAUCCAUUCCAGGGACAAUACUCUGUAUCAGAUGUUAAGUUAAGAUUGUCGCACUCAGUGCAAAAUAGCGAACGUGGAAAGAAGAUUGGAAACGUGAUGGUUUCCACUAGCCGAAAUGUUGUACAAACAGGAAAAGCUGUAGGCCAAUCAGUUGGAGGAGCCUUCACAAGUGCAAAAUCAGCCAUGUCAUCGUGGUUUUCCACUUUAACACAGUCAACACAAAACCUUGGGGACUGAGCAAUGCUACUGCACAGUGCUGCUGAGUAUUUCAGGUGCAGUGGCUUCUCCGAGCUGUAAAAAGACUGCUUCAAAAUGUAUGAGUGGAGACUAGCAGUCCAGGACCAAAAUGAGGCGUAUGUUGCUUGCAAACAGCUGUGGAAUGUUAUCAUUCAGUUUCACUAGAAGUCUAGACGAACGGUGAGUGUUUCCAUACAACGGGAUGGCAUUUGCGGCAUAUUGGUUGUGCUUAAAAUGACUACUUUUCUUUAAAUCUGAGCCUUUAUAAAGACAUUAGCAAACAGGGCUUGUUGCAAGCCAAAUGUGUUUAACUUCAGAUUUGUACGUUUUCUUGGAUGUUGAAGAUAUUUAUGUAAAUUAGCUAUAUUUUUCAAUUCAGAUAGCCAAAUGUUUGUGAAUUCUUGAUAGAAAUAACCAGAGUAUGAAUACUGAUUUCUCUUUCAGGUUAGAUUUGAGAGCAUGUCUGCAAAAGGUGUAUGGGUGGGAACCCUUGAAAUGUUCCAAGCCAGGUGGAACCUUCUCACUUUCAUCUGCAAAUUAAAAUCAGCAUGGUGCAAAGUGACACUGUGGCUGACUUGAGGGUUUUUUUUUUUUUUCCCUCUCUCCUCUGUAGCCAUAUACAGUUGUUAGAUUAAUCUAUCUCUAACUCUUUGCGUCCACAAAUCUGUGUGACAGUUGUGAAAUCAGUAUUUUUUGAUGUUGUGCGGUAGGCCUUCUUGACUUUAUGUAUGUUUCAGCUGUGUUUUACCCUGGGACAUGAGUAGGAGUCUGGUUGGAGCGAUCUCUUCAGAAAAAGUAUUUAAAAAAAAAAAAAAAAGUUCUCCCAAAUUGGGAUAGAAUCAGCUAUAAGGAUGUAAUUACACCAUAAAUGUAACUACAUGCAUAUGAAUACAAAGUAUUAAAAUUACCUAAAACUAACACAGUGGCAAACUCUGAACAUUUUUAUUGCCAGUAAAGUUAUGAAGACUCUUCCAAAUGAAAAUCGGCUAUAUAGAUUUUCUGUGUUUACUCAGGGAACGUUGUAUUCCGAUAACUGUUUUUUUUCAUAAGGGAAGGAACAUCAGAACUGAGAGAGUAACUGGAACAGCUCAGUUCAUAUCCUUGCGUGAAGAAAUACAAUAGUUCAUAUGACAAGAUGUGGCAUAAUGCUGUAUUUCAUAUAUAACAUGCAGUGUCUUCCUUAUGCAAGCAUAUUCUACUUCAUACAUUUUCUACUUCUGAAACAGAUUAUUCCCUGUUUCUUGAAAAGUGAAUUCCUCUAUGCAUCUUCUAACAUCCCCAUGUGAUAGCUGUUACUGCUUUCUGUAUUACCUUAUCAAAUAUUCCAGCUGUAUACGCUAAAAGACCCUCUUAGUUUAUUGCCUCAUUGGUAUGUCAGCUUUCUGCCACGCUCUUUUCUGGGGCCAAGAUUUCAAGUUAUAGUUAUUUCUUCUGUUCCUCGAACAAAAUACAGCAGUGGUACAAGAGGUAACUAGGAAGAUCCUAAUGUAACUCGUUUUAAGAAAUUAACUUCCGGUUUAUUUAGGUGCAUUUGAAAAGUUAAUAGAAAAGCUACGUUUGUAUCAAGUAGUCACUGUCGGGCAACUUAAUCUGCAGCUUUAUUGCUUCAAAAAGCAAUUUGAAUUUGGAAAGACAAGAUCUGUUUAAAAGCCUUCAUUAUUUUUUUCCAGGACAAGCUACAGAUAGAUCAGCCAUGGAAAACCUGAAAGUAUACAGCUAGUCUAAAUAGUUUUACUUUGAAAAGGGCAAAUCAUGCCUCUACAAAGCUCUUCUAAUCUACUGCUUCUGACAUACAAGUAUAAAUGUACCUGUAGAAGUGUAACUAUUGCUUUUGGUCUCUGUGUAUAAUAUGUGUAUUUUCUAAAAUGACUGAUGCUCUCUUCUGUUCUCUUCCACAACUCUAUGAUAGACAUCUGUGUCUUUUUAAAGACUAAGGAAUACUUGAUCUGCAGGAAGAGCCCUGGUGAAAUCAGAAUAGGGAUGCGGUUGGUCGUGACGGUUCUAGAGCGUUCUGAUUCAGCAGCAGAUGAGAAAAUUACUUGCUUUCAUGAAAUUGUUACUUUGUGUUAUCUGCUGGCUGGAUUUUGGGUGGUCAGGCUUCAUGUUGUAGUGAGGACUGAAUAUGGCCUAAAGGAUUUAAGCACUUGUAAAACUGACCUCAGCAACCCAAGGCACAGUAGGCUCAGGAGCUCAUGAUGGUGAGUUCCAAGAGCUAGGCAAGUAGUUGGGAUUUACACGUACAAGGUAUAGUAACAGGGACUUGCAGGGUCCUUUUUUAAUACCCUUGUUUCUGUCACCUCUUCACCUUGACUCCUUCUGUAGAAUUCCCUUCCGCCCUGACACUGUACAGCUGAUUUGUUAGCUCUUUGCAUUCCCCUCGCUCCCACUAACUCCCUCACUGGCCCGGGAAUUUUGGAAACGUCAAGAUUGUUUAGACUUGUCUGAGGAAAGGCAGAAUGAGGUGCCCUCCGCAGUGCGCAGCAGAUGCCUGGCUGCUUGCUGUUUUGCAUGGGGAGUCUGUUCUGAUGUUUCACAGCGUUUCAUCAGGCAGGAAGACCAGACAGAUCUUUCAGCAGUCUCUUUCCUACUCUGCCAGCUGUCUCUGCAGAGACAAACGUAGGCAGCCUGAUAAAAGAGUAUUUCCCUUUAUUCUACAUUUAACAAGCGGUAAAAUAAAAAACUUGCAUUAGUUUUCUGUCUUUUUAAGAAUCGCCCUUCUGCUAGCAAGUUGGACUGAGGUGUGAAUUCAUAGUGUUGCAGUGGAUGGAGGCGAAGUGAUCUUCGUAAUGAGUGAUCUUCAUUAAUGCACGUGCUUGCUCUUUGACUGUCACUUAAACUUACUUUGGGGCUAUAGUUGGGCAUGCAGCUACUCGGAUUAAUAAAAGCUCUUACAGUUCACUACUUUCUUUAAUUGUUGUAACAUCUCUAGAUAAAUCCGAAAGAAAUGCGUAUUACUUCCCUCUCCUCUCUGUUCUUAAAUUUCCACUACAUGCAUUAUUACUUACCCCUAAAGAUUAAUGCAGUCAAACUUCCAUUUCAAAGACCCUGACAUCUUUUUCUUCACUGCAAGGAAUAUAGAGUCCUAAAUGAAUUGAUGACAUUGCCUAUGAUGACUAAGCAGUGUAAUUAUUUUUACACCUCGGUCAUGAUGCAUGUUGCAAAGACAUUUCUGGCUGUCACUGUUAUAACUGAGUUACAGUUAGUACAAUAGUACCUCUUUUUUCUCUUGACUUUCUGGGGUGAAAAGCAUCACAUUCUGCUUUUUGUAUGUGCCGGGGUUUGGGGAACUGCCUACUGAGUGUAUAUAGAUACAAGAUGUAGGUCCCAAAAACCCACAAAGUAUUGAUGACCUAAUAUUUGAUUGGACUAAAAUGUUCAGCAUUUUUCAUUAAUCAUUUAAUGUCAUAACCUGAAUUCUUGUGCACACCGAACACCAGUUUUUUCUGAAAUGUUAUGUAUCACAAGUAUAAUUUUUAGAUCAGUGUUCUAAUAAAUUGCACUUGUUUAACCUUGUACAUCUGUUUCAAGCACCUUCGUAAUUAAAUUUAGUAUCUUGCCUCAAUAGGCUUCCUAUUUCCGUAGAAAUUAUUACCAAGCAGAGAAACAAAUGUGGCAGUAUUUAAUUGUGGAAGUGAAGGUGUAAAUGCAGUUUUUUAAAUAUAGAAACUGUGAUUUGGUAAAUGAACCUACAUGUACUUGAUUUCUCUUGUGCUGCUUGAAAAUAAAUACAUCGAGCCUGUUCAAAGCUCUAUCUGCUCAAAAAGAUGUUUUAUUUUAAGAAGUUAAUAUCACUAGAAGAAACUGUAGGUAUCUGUUUUUAAUACUGGUAGAUGUUUGUAAUACAUGAUCGGUCGUCUUGAAACUUGUGUUCCAUUUAAACUCAUUGUGGAUGUUGCUUUUGCAAAUUUAUGACCAGUGGAUCAUGCAGUGUAACCAUUGUUUUUUCCUAACAAAUAUUUCCCCUUUGGUACUAUUCAUUGAUAAAUGGUAAGUCUUCAGUAGGCAGUAGGCUGCUCAUACAUCAGUAAGAAUUUUAGAUAGAACUGUAAAAUUUUGAACUACAUUAAACUUCAAAAUGAUAUGCAAUUAAUGUGGAUUGUGGCAUCUAGUCCAAAUCAGGAUGCUGAGUAAAUUACUACAUUAUCUAGCUCUCCGCAACAGUGAGCUAUACGUUAAAGAUUUAUUUAAAAACUCUUACUGUAAUUCUGCCACCAUAACUAGCUGAGAAUGAUUUGGUAAGUUACUCUUUCCAGUAGGCAGAAACUAACUCCCUUGCAUAAUACUCAGAUGUGAAUUAGAUGAAGUUUAUAUUUUGAAAGACUGUUGCAUUUGUCUACUACUCUGACCAUACGCACGUAGUUGUUUAAAGACACCGAAAAACAGACUUGCAUUGUAUCGUUUGCAUGACGUAAUUUUGCUUUCUUGCAGGUAUUUAGUUUUUAUUUAAAAGGGCAACGUGGAGAGUAUUCCUUAAAGGCAGAAACAUUGCAUUACUGUAAUGUGAUUAAAGCUUUAUGGAGAGUUGCUUCAUGGUGUUUUGAGUCUCUAAUACUAUAGCGGAGGAGAGACCGAUUUAAAAAGAACAGGCACAGAACUUUAGUUCUGACAGGUUUGUGCUCUUGACCCCCUUCUUUAUCAAACAUUAGAAUUACUGUUUGGACUUGUAAAACAAUUUGCAGAUGGAUUACUUCUGCUUGUGUCAUCAAAAUGGUUAAUUUUAUUCUGAUUGCUUUAUUCACUGUAAAGUGGUGUGAUACAUCUGCAUAGUAUCUGUACAAAGGUAGCUUAACUCUGCUGUGAUGGGGCUUGGAAGUCUAGCUCGCUUGUUGAAUACUUUACCUUCUGUGUGUGGUCAAAAUAAAACCAUUGCUUAAUCGUAGACUGCUCCUGUUGUAAUGUUACAUUCCAAAAAUAACUGAUAGAAAAUAAAAUUGCUCUGUUACUUC